UUUUAGGCACCGAUCUGCAGUUUAUGGAACCUAAUCAGGAAUCUUUAAGAAUCCGGAUCACCAUGGACUUAGCAGAGCAAAAUGAGACAAUCGGUUUGGGUCUCAUUAAAAAAAGUAGUAAAUCUUGGAUGGAUCUGCUGGCGGUGUUUGUGGCUGUCUUUCUGACCCUAUUCUACUACGUUUACGAUGUGUUCUACGUAAUGCCACAACUUUUGGGAUUCUUUGGCCAGGCAGUCCACUUUGUGGUGAGUACUUGGAUUGUGUACAACAUCCUGGGAAAUUUGAGGAUCUGCACUAAGACGAAGAACUCUGUGGAUACUUUGCCGCUGGAGUUGCUGAAACCGGUGAAGGGGGAGGAGAACUUGUGGCACUUUUGCGAUAAAUGCCAAAGGACUGUUCCGCCGAGAUCAUGGCAUUGCAAAACAUGCAAUGUAUGCAUUUUGAAGCGGGAUCACCACUGCAGUUUCGUUGGCAACUGUGUGGGACAUAACAAUCAGCGAUACUUCAUCUGGUUCUCCUUUUACGCGACCCUCGGCAGCGGAUUAGCAUUUUUCGAUAAUAUCCUUUUCGCCCUUAAACACGGCGUUCAAGGUCUUAGUAUUUUCUCGAUUAAUUCCCUUUUGAUUAAUGAGUAUUUCAAUCCUGGUACAUCUAACAUUGGCCUACAGUGCCAAAUAAGGGUUGUCUUAUGGAUUAACUUGUGCGCUGUUAUAUUUCCGGGUGUCCUGUUUUGUACACAAAUAUCAAUGGUCCGAAAAAACUCUGUAAUGCAUAAUACUUCAGAUCGCACCUAUGAUCUCGGAGUGUGGAGAAAUUUUUCUCAGGUCCUUGGACGUCGUCGAUUCUGGACUUUCCUGUCGCCGAAUAUCGAAAGUCCUCUUCCACAUGAAGGAACCCAGUGGCCAUCAAAACAUACGCAUACCAUUUAAACUUAUUUUGAUAUCCAUUUACCCAUCGUU